AUGGGGCCCUACGCAGCCAUGCCCCAUGGGGGCCCCCAGGGCGCUGCUGCUAUGGACGACGCUGCAGCAGGAGCUGCUGGCAGGGAACAAAGCGGCCCGCCGGGGGCGAACAUCUUCGUCUUCCACGUGCCGAACGAGUGGAACUACUUCGACCUGCUGAACUCGUUUUCGCAGUUCGGGCCAAUUGUGUCCGCGAGAGUGGCCAUGGACCGGCAGACUGGCCGCAACAAAGGCUACGGCUUUGUGUCUUUCGAAACUCCCGAAGCAGCAGCAGCAGCAGUUGCUGCGAUGAACGGCUUUUUGGCCGGCGGCAAGCGCCUCAAGGUGACCAUCAAGAAGGGGGAGGAGCAGCACGCGGUGCGGGCGUCUCCGGGGGCCUACGCGCCGCAGCCUGCGGCGGCGCUGGGCGCGGGGGGCCCCCACUCCGGCGCGCACGGCGGCUUCGGGGGCCCCGGGGGCCCCCAGCAGCAGCGCUUCGCCCCCUACUGA